AUGCACGAGUCACAGGAGGAGGAGGAGGAGGAGGAGGAGGAGGAGGAGGAGGAGGAGGAGGAGGAGGAGGAGGAGCUCCAUGCCGGGGUGCGUGCCGACCAGGGCUCCGAGGGGAACCCCGCGGUGGCGACCAGGGCCUCCCGGGAGGCCCACGCCGGCGGCAGAGAAGGGGGCAGCGGUGUCGGUGCCUUCUCCUCCUCUGACAUCCACCCUGUCGUGGCCCCUCGGCCCUCCCCUCGGCGGCGCGCACGAGGGGGGUAUGGGGGAUUACCUUCUAUCACAACAGCACCCCGUUCAGCAAUCUGUUCGGGGAAAAACCGUGGCGAGAUGAUUGAGCCUGCUAAAAUCAUCGGACUUGCUGGCGUGACUCUCCAAACUUUAGCUCAACGGUUGCCGAAACAAUUGGAAAGCUGA